AUGGAGUUUGGAGCCGGCGCGCCUCACCUGCUGGCCCCCGGCGGCGGCCAUGUGCUCCGGCUGCUGCAGCAGCUGCUGCUGCCGUCUCAGCUGGUUGUUGCUAGGCGCCAGGCCGCCUCUGUCUUCUCCUUGGUGCGCAGCAGCAGCAGCAGCAGCAGCAGCAGCAAGUGGCUGGGACAGAGGGGCAGCUGGACAGCUCCCUUGCUACGACUCAGGCGACGGGAACAUGCCACUUCGCAAGCCUCUUCAGCAGCAGCAGCAGCAGCAGCAGCAGCAGCAGCAGCAGCGCAGCGUGGGCGGAGCAGACCGGGGCUGUCAAGGCUGAAUGUGCUGAUGGCCAUUUUCGCUGGCCUUCGUGAAAGCUGCUUAACUAAAGAGGCAGUUCGCCGGCGGCAAGCCACGGGGGGACCCAACAGUCCAGCAGCAAAAGACAUGUCAGUCGCUGCCUUUGCUGAGCUGCACUCCUGUAAAGCCUUCUCCAACGCGGUGCUGCUCCCCGCCUUCAGCGCCUGCAGCUAUGCAGGAGAUGCGGCGGAGCUGUCUGCUGCAGCGUAUUUCCCAAGAGCAUGGCUGCUGCAGCAGCAGUACGGCUCGUUGCUGCGUGGCUGCCUGGCUGAGCGUCGUCUGGCCCGUAAGAGAGGGGCUCAGAAAAAGGAGAACAGCCCCUGCAGCAGCAGCACCAUUGACAGCAGAGACAGUAGCUUUAUUGAUGGCGGAGGCCGCAUAGUUCCUGUCGAAGGCUGCAAGGCAUUUCCGAAAGGCCAUGAGGCGGUGCAGCGAAUGGCCACAGAAGGGGCCGGCGUGUUUACGCCGGUCGGAGGCAUGCGACAGCUAGUUGAAGCGCUGAAGAAAAGCAUUAUGUCGCCGUCUAGUCAGGGUCCUCCUGUUUCUGUGGUAUUGGGCUCGCCAGUUGUGCGCAUUGAGGCACUGCCUAGCGCUGGAGCCGGUGAGGGGAAUGCAGCUGAGGUUGUCUGCGAAGACGGGGCCCGCUAUCCGGCAGACGUCAUCAUCUGUGCGAUGCAUCCCCAUUGUUUGGGGCGCAUUCUGAUGCCUAGCGAAUGCGGGGAAAAAUUGAUUACUUCCUGUGCAGCAGAGAAGGGAGCCCCCCAAGAGUCAGCUUGUGGAGCUCCAGGCGGCAGUGACACCACACAGCUCAGUCAUGCAAAGCACGAAACUUCAGGCCUGUCCACAAUGGCGAACUUUUUGACGUCGCUGCCUUGUGCCUCGUGGAUUACUGUGCAUGCUUUUGGCGCCCAUAGCUCGCGGCGCGCGUCCUCUCUAGGAAGGGGGUGCGUCUACAGCCCGUCGCAGCUGGAUGAGAAGGCUAGCCCUGCCCGGCCGCCGUUUCCAUCAGAGGCUGCAGCGAGAGCAGCGGCUGAUGAGGACAUUGCAGAGGCACUCAAAGGGCUUGAGGCGUCUCUACAAGCUGCACAAGAUGCUGUGGUAGUGGCUGAGUUGCAGCUACCGGGGAAUCUUUUCCCUCAUCUUCAGGCUGCCGCCCUUGCAGCAGCAGAAAGGUUUGACAGAAACGCCGUUGCUUGGGCUACCAAGGCUGAGCUGCUCCACGUUCAAGCUUCAGUACGCGUCCAGCAGAUUGAGGCACUUGUGAACCGCAUGCAGCACCUGCUACUUCCACUGCAACGGCUACUGCACCCCCACAAGCCUUCAGGCGAACAGCAAGAAGAGAGAGCUGCUGGGUUGCUCGCUUUGGGCCUCUUGAUCUCUUCAGCAGAGGAAGCAGUGACGCGUUUGCUGCUGCGAGAAGGAAUCAUCUUGGCAUCGGACCGCCUGGUUAUGUGCUCUCGUCUCUUACCGCUAGCCGAGCUUCAAUGGCCUGUGACAAUAAGGCAUACGCAGAACUCUCAAGACGUUGCGCAGCCGAAGCAGCUGCUAAAUCUUGUUAAGCAAUUCGAGAGCCUCCGCUACAGACACUGGGGAGAUCUGCCAGUCACACAUGCGGCUCUGAGUGAAUUAACGAACGAAUCACCGCCAACACAGGCGAUAAAGGGGGAAGAGCUUGGGCAACCUGUGGGGCAGUCCACGACAGCUGCCGCUGCAUCUGUGGGGCUUGAAGGCGACAGUGUGGAGCCCUAUUCAUUUGCGGAUGCGCGCCUUGACUUCCACAAGCUUAGGGUUCGGGUAGCGCCGUGGCUCCAAGUAGUCGGCGCGUCAGGAUCUCUGAGCGAAUGGGGCCCUGGGGCACGGGUGAAGGACGCAGCCAUCCUGGCGCACCAGAUUGGCCGGCGGUUUGCUGCCUUUCCAAGCGUCAAUUCGGAAUCUUGCGCGGAUUUCGUCUCCCGCCUUAACGGAGGCUGGCUAGAUGGCGCAGCAGGGAAGAUUGCAAAGUGA